CAACUAUGUAUAUUAACUGGUCAGAUAUACAUUGCUUUGUUCCCUUACAUCUUCAAAGAGCUAAGAUUAAACUAUUUACCCCAAAUAAGACUGUAAUUUCAUCAAAAUCUAGUAAUAAUAAUAUUCAACAGCUUACAAUAUAAACAUAACGCGUGUGGUCUCCAUAAGCUACGCACUGUCUUUUCAUCGGUUCGUAGAAACUAGAAACUCUUCCCCUCACGAUCUUGCUUUCUUUAUUUUGCUUCAACCCUAGUUUAUUUGAAGUCUCUAUAUAAAGUUCUCUGUUUCAAGUUACUUUCUCAGCACGAGCAACCAAAAGUAAUCAUAUGGCGAAUCUAAUUUCGUUUCACGAUGUGGCUAAACAUAAGUGCAAGAACGAUUGUUGGAUUCUCAUCCAUGGAAAGGUCUAUGACAUCAGCACUUUCAUGGACGAACAUCCCGGAGGUGACAAUGUUCUCCUCGCCGUCACCGGGAAAGACGCGUCGAUCGAUUUCGAAGAUGUGAACCAUAGCAAAGAUGCCAAGGAGCUAAUGAAGAAAUACUGUAUCGGUGACGUUGACCAGUCAACGGUUCCGGUGACGCAACAGUAUAUUCCGCCGUGGGAGAAGGAAUCUACGGCGGCGGAAACAACUAAAGAAGAAUCUGGAAAGAAGCUGCUUAUCUACUUAAUUCCUCUCUUGAUACUCGGCGUUGCUUUCGCUCUCAGAUUCUACAACAACAAGUAGACCAAAUUAUGAUGAACAGAUUGAUAAGAGUUUCUUACUGUUCUUGGUUUUCGUUUGUUGGUAAUAACGGGCUUCUUAUGUGAAGAUUUGGGCCAUUUGGCCCAUCGCUCAGAAUUGGACUAUAAUGUCUUAUUUAUUUUAUGUUAAUGGGCCGUAUCAGUAGGCCCUUUGUUGAUAUAUGCCAAUCCCAAUUUCUUCUAGCAUGAGCUUUGUGUUAUUUACUUGAUUUUGAUAAAACAACCAACUUAUGCAGUAGAUUCCAUUUGACGAAAAAAAAUAAAAAUAAAAAUGCAGUAGAUUCCAUUAAAUUCGUACUUAAUAAUAAAAAUGGGUGAGGGCAUACUU